AUGUCUUCAAGCUCCGACAAAAGCGUUACAGCCCAAGAACUCAAGAGCGAUUGGAUGAGACGCAGGAUUUUUGGGACAGAGGACAUCGACCCGUACCGGAAUCAGCUUCAAGGGUUUUAUGAUAACCUAGAACAGCUAAAAAAGCUCCCAUUAUGGGUUGCUCACUAUGACCUGAACGAAGUAAACGUCCUCAUCGACGAGGAAUGCAACAUCACUGGCUUGAUCGAUUGGGAGCUUUCCACCCCUCUACCAUUUGGUGUGAACUUCGGUCGCAUCCACACAUAUGGUGGCGAAUAUACGGGCGGAGAAUUUUUGGUGCCUGAUGAAUUUGAGGAUGCCGAACGAGCUUUCUGGAAUGAGCUGUUUGAUGGAAUGCCAGCAGAGACCCGUGACAGCUUAAAAAAACAAGUUGACCUUGUUCAGGAUGCCGUUAUCCUGGGAACCCUCUUGGAUUGUCUGUCUUUUGAACAAGGAAGGGUUAUUGUUGGCCCAGUUUCUAAGAAGGCUCUCCCCAAGCUUCUUACUUAUCGAGUGCCUUUUGUUAGAGGGAGCGCACCACCGUAUAAAGAGUAG